AUGGGGGAAAUCUUCCCAACGCAGCCCGGGCUAGAUGCCCAAGGCCCACCCGUACAGCGAUCAUCUACUGCGAGUACCUUGCAUCAUAACAAUUUCGACGACUCGUUCCUUUCAAGAGUCCGAUCGUUUUUCCAUAGAGACACUCACAUUGGUCAUGUCGCCCGUCACCCCCUCCGCGGAAGCCAGGAUAUCGAGAUCCAUACCUGGAAUGGUCCAGACGACCCAGAUAACCCGUUCAAUUGGAGCAAGACGUACAAAUGGGUUCUAACCUUGACGGUUUGUUUCAUUUCCAUUUUGACUGGUCUCCCAGCUGGAUCAUACGGUGCUGGAAAUAAUUACAUGGCCGAGAAGUUUCAUGUUCAAAAUGAGCCAUUUCCCAAUCUAGCAUGGGCGACGACGUCUUGGAAUAUGGGUGCUGCCUUCUGGCCAUUGAUCUUCGUACCAUUGACCGAGUCGUCGGGUCGGAUGCCUGGCUACUUUGUUGCAUACUUCAUUCUCGUCGUGUCUCUUUUCCCCUCGGCAUUUGCGCAGAACUUUGCUACCCUGGUUGUUACUAGGUUCUUUGGAGGUGGCGCUUCUUCUGUGUCGAUUAAUAUUGUCGGUGGAAGUAUCAGUGAUGUCUGGUACGGUGAUAAAGCUCGAAGCUUGCCGAUGUCACUGUUUGGAUUCACAAGUGUCGUGGGUAUUGCCUUAGGGCCGUUUAUUGGUUCUGCUAUUCAGGAGAUAGACAAGAACGAUCCGUGGAGAUGGAUUUUCUAUAUCCAGAUCAUCUACAAUGCAGCGCUGAUCCCAGUCUUCUGGCUGAUUCUCCGAGAGACGCGCGCUGAUGUGAUCUUGAAGAAACGCGCGAAAAAGUUGCGGAAAGAGACCGGUCGCGAGAUUUAUGCGGAAGCUGAUCUCGAUACUACGAGUGUGUGGAAGCUGCUCCAAGUAUCAUUCGAGCGCCCCACGCGAAUGCUUUGUACCGAGCCUGUUGUAACUUUCUUCACGUUGUGGGUUAGUUUCGCGUGGGGAAUUCUCUUCCUCUUCUUCUCCAGCGUCUCGCAGACAUUCAGUGCCAAUUAUGGCUGGGGCACAUUCCAAACUGGUCUCGUUCAGUUGGCUAUCUCGGUCGGCGCUGUGAUUGGCACGGUUUUUAACCCAAUUCAAGACUGGAUCUACCUCAAUUCAGCGAAGAGGAACCAUGAACGUCCUGGCAAGCCAAUUCCUGAAGCUCGGUUGUAUACCUCUAUUCCUGGCAGUCUUUUAUUUGCUGCUGGGCUGUUCUGGUAUGGUUGGGCCAGUACUGGCAACGGGUCCAUUCAUUGGAUUGUGCCGACGCUCGGAAUUGGCUGUACUGGUGUUGGGAUCUACUCUAUUUACAUGGCCGUGGUCAACUAUCUGACUGACGCUUAUGAGAAGUACGCGGCUUCGGCUUUGUCGGCUGCUUCACUGGGCCGUAAUACUUUCGGUGCAUUCUUGCCUCUCGCUUCGUUCCAGUUGUUCGAUACAUUGGGCUAUGGUUGGGCUGGUUCUUUGCUUGGGUUUGUUGGAAUUGCUCUCUCGGUCGUCCCGGUGGUACUAGUGAUCCAAGGCCCAGCUAUUCGCCGAAGCAGUCCUUUCAUGCGCGAAGCUAUGUUCGAGCCCGGCGACGACGAGCUGGAGAAAGAUCGGCAGUCGGAGAAGACAGAUGUGUGA